UGCAAGAUUCCUUAUGUGAGGCCAGAAGAGGACCCUGUAUAGCCUGUCAAAUAAAUUUUCACGUGCCCAAAUAACGUGCAUAUUUGAACAGUUUUUUGUCGACUGUACACAUUGCAAAAGGUCAAGGAAAACAGACUGUCCAUCAGUACUACAAUGGAAAUGAGGCGAUACAGGUCCGGCGGGUCGUCCUUCUUAACAUACUGGAUAUUUCUUUUGCAAAUGUUAGGCAGCGCCCGCCGCGGGGCGGAGGGCCACGGGCGGCUCAUGGACCCACCAGCCCGCAACUCCAUGUGGCGGUUCGGCUUCCCAAACCCCGUGAACUACAACGACAACGAGCUCUUCUGUGGCGGGUAUGCUGUCCAAUGGGAGCAGAAUAAAGGGCAGUGCGGAGUAUGCGGGGACGCGCACCAUCUGAGCGAACCGAGGCCACACGAGGCCGGUGGCAUGUACGGGAAGGGGAUCGUCACGAGGCACUACAGCGUUGGACAGGAAAUAGAAAUAGAAGUAGAAUUGACUGCCAACCAUUUGGGGACGUUCGUGAUCAAGAUGUGCCCGAACAACAAUCCCAAGCAGGAAGCCAGCCAGGAAUGUUUUGAUAGGCACCCCUUGCACAUAUCAGGCACGCGGGAAGACCGGUUCCUCAUCCCGCUGGACACGGCUAAGAAGGAGAUCUUCAGGUACCGGGUGCGGCUGCCGCCCUACGUCACCUGCACGCAGUGUGUGCUGCAGUGGACCUACUACACUGGUAACAUGUGGGGCAUCUGCCCCAACGGGACGGAGGCGGUGGGCUGCGGCCGCUCGGAAACCUUCCGCAACUGCGCCGACGUAAGCGUGGUGACCAGCACUGGAGGUCUACCACCAGCCUUCGCAGACCUCCGGAGGGACUACCCCUUCCUGCUCUACUACCGGGACUUCAGGAUGCCGCAGAACGUCUAUCCUUUGGUCAUCAGCAACGAUAUAUCCGACAUUGACGAGGACGAUAGUAAACCGCCCGUUAUUAGGGACCAAGUGUGCAUACCGACGGAAGGUUUCCGGAUGAUCCCCGGCAUGCAAAACUGGUGCCAGACCAACUGUCUGCGGUACCCGCCCAACUGUCCAUUAGCUUUGUGUCAAUGCCCACAAGUGUGCGAAGCCGUGGGCGAGAUC